GGCAGGCGGAGGGCCGGCCCGAGCCGUUGUCUCCAAGCCUGGCCAGGGCGGCCGUCGCAGACCCCAGAGCGGGUGCGGCAGGCUCCUGUCGUGUCGACGCAGUGGGGGCGCCAUCGGGGGCAUCCCGCGCACUCUCCGAUGGCGGACUUCAAUCAGGACAUCGAUGCCUCCGAGGUGUACCCGCCGCCCGCCGCCCUGCAGGCGCAGGCCCACGUGAGCUCCAUGGAGCAGUACAACAAGAUGUACAAGGCCAGCAUCGAGGAUCCCGAGAAGUUCUACGGCGAUUUGGCACGGGAUGCCUUCUACUGGGAGACGCCCUUCACCAAGGUUGGGCCCGAUUUCAACUUUGACCGCACCAAAGGCGCUGUGAACAUUAAGUGGUUCGACGGUGGCAGGACGAAUUUGUGUUACAAUUGCCUGGACAAGAACAUCCAGGGCGGCUUCGGGGACAGACAGGCAUUACUCCAUGAGUGCAAUGACACGGAUGACGAGCACAAGAGUUUUUCUUACAAGGAGGUGAUCGAUCUCGUGUGCAAGAUAGCCAACGGCCUCAGAGCCAGCGGAGUGCAGAAGGGCGAUCGUGUUUCGAUAUAUCCAUCACGGUGGCGGAUCUGCCCAUGAUGGCCGAGCUGCCUGCGUCAAUGCUGGCCUGUGCGCGGAUCGGCGCUGUCCACUCUGUCGUCUUCGGCGGCUUCUCUGCUGACGCCCUCGCUGGCCGCAUCUGCGACGCGCAGUCGGCGGUGGUAGUCACAGCAGACGGAGUGAUGCGUGGGGCGAAGCCUGUGCAGCUCAAGGACAUCACGGACAAGGCCUGCGAGAUCGCGGCGAAGGACGGCUUCACAGUGACCAAGGUCGUGUGCGUGGACAGGUUGAAGGGCGGAACUGCGAAGGUUCGCGACCAGGGGAAGCAUGGCUGGACAGAAGGGCGUGACGUGUGGCUCGCUGAUUUUAUCGGGUCUCAGUCUACCGAGUGUGCCUGCGAGUGGAUGGAGAGCGAGGAUCCGCUCUUCAUGCUCUACACCUCUGGCAGCACUGGGAAGCCCAAGGGCGUCCUGCACACGACCGCUGGCUACAUGGUGGGCGCGCACACAACUAUGAAGUACACGUUCGACUACCACCCGGAGGACAUCUGGUUCUGCACGGCCGACUGUGGGUGGAUCACGGGCCACACGUACAUUGCAUACGGGCCCCUGCUGAAUGGCGCCACGCAAGUGGUCUUCGAGGGCGUCCCAACCUAUCCCGAGGUGGACCGCUUCUGGGAUGUGUGCGAGAAGUACAAGGUGACCCUCUUCUACACGGCGCCCACCGCCAUCCGGGCUCUCAUGAAGUCCGGGGAUGGCCCCGUGAAGAAGCAUGACCUCUCUAGCCUCCGGCUCCUCGGCUCGGUGGGGGAGCCCAUCAAUCCGGGGGCCUGGAAGUGGUACUUCGACGUCGUCGGCGGAGGCCGCUGCCCGAUCGCCGACACCUACUGGCAGACGGAGACCGGGAGUCAUCUCAUGACGCCCCUGGUCGGGGCCAUGCAGUGCAAGCCGGGCUCGGCGUCGCUCCCGUUCUUCGGCGUGCAGCCGGCCAUCCUGGACGACAAGGGCAACGAGCUGGAGGGCGAGUGCAGCGGGUGUCUGGUGCUUAAGCGGCCAAACCCCUCCAUGAUGCGGACGGUGUAUGGCGACCACGCGCGCUUCGAGGAGGUCUAUUUCUCGCAGCACAACGGGUACUACUUCACCGGCGACGGCUGCAAGAGGGACAAAGACGGCUUCUACUGGCUCACGGGGCGCAUCGACGACGUCAUCAACGUCUCUGGGCACCGUAUCGGCACAGCAGAGGUCGAAUCGGCCCUGGUGGCAUACCCGAAGGUGGCCGAGGCAGCUGUCGUAGGCUUUCCGCAUGACAUCAAGGGUGAGGGUAUAUACUGCUACGUGACCCUGAAAGAGGGCGUAGAAUACGUCGACGAUCUCAAGGCGGAGCUCAAGAAGAAGGUCAGGGAGGUCAUCGGCGCGUUCGCCAUGCCAGACGAAAUCCACUGGGCCCCGGGAUUGCCCAAGACGCGGUCUGGCAAGAUCAUGCGCAGGAUUUUGCGCAAGCUCGCGCUGCCAGACUACGAGAAGCAGGACUUGGGCGACACGUCCACCCUUGCCGACCCCAGCGUCGUCGACCUGCUCAAGAACAACCAUCCGCGCAAGCCAGCCAGCCCUUAGUCGUCUCUGGAAGAUUUCAGGGCGCUCUUCUUUUCCCGCCGACGGGCUGGGGGCCCUACAGUUUCAAGGCACGAUGAAUGAUUUCGCCCCAAUUCCGUCAAGCAGCCAUCCUCGGACCCCUCCGUGGGUCCAUCCUGACCGAUAGUUCGAGUUGCGUCCAGUCAUGGCCAGGGGGCCCCGCAGAUUCGGGAGGCGGGCGAGGGCGCAGAAGGGGAUGGUGGUUGCCGCUCAUGGCGCGAGGGCUGGCGAAAGGCCGCCGCGCGAAAGAGCGAUGCAAGAAAGCGGGGCCGAGCGCGCGGAGAUUUGGCACAUCAGUUUUGCCUUCACCUGUUUCAAAGGACCCAGCGAGUCGCUGCCCACUCGCGGCGAAGGCCGCGUGCGGACCAGACGUCACGCGACAGCGACCACGACGAGCAGAGGAGAAGCGACAAAGAAGAAGCUCCUCUUGGCGGCGCC